UUUCUCUCCCUCUCUCCUUUUCCCCUCCCAGCCUGAUUUCUCAGUCCUAGAUUCCCCUAACUCCCCUAGCACAGAAGUAAGCGCAGUGCCCCUGUGGUUAACUCUAGUGAGUGUACUCCUCUUUGUCUGGGAAUCUGAGGAGAGCCGGCUAGAUGAGCCUGUCUUUGUCUUGGAGUGUGGCUUUGAGGAGAGGGUCUGGAAUCCCCUAGCUCAGGGAGGGGGUCCAUGCUUGUGGUCUUUACAUGUGGCUGAGGAAGGGAUAUUUUGGGUACCAGAUGGCUUUCCUCUGACUGGGACAUCAUCCAACCUACAGAAAACUGCAGAGGUCAGCUCGGGAUACCCUAUUAGGUCAACAUGCCGGAAGGAGUCCUACGGGGCAGGAGUAAAAAAUCAGCAGCCCCCAGACCAUCGUCUGUCAGCUCUCUCAGUGGAAUAGUAGCCGGGAUGUCUGGCAGUUGUAAUUCUGUUAAUACGGUUUGCUCAGACAGUGACCGGCCUAUCAGCCUGAGCUCUUCGGCCUCGUCGGCCUCUCUGCAGGACAGUCAUGGCUCUUUUGGAAGCAUUGGAACUCUGGGUUCUUCCCAAUAUAGUGUCCCAUCCUACGUCCAACAGAAUGGGAGUGACAUCAGCUUGGAUCUUACCCCUGUGGCACAAUUGGAGGGCGAAUCAGAGGGAAUUACCACUGAAAGAUUGUGUCUUGAUUACACGUGGUCUCCUUUGCUACGCAAAGCCAAGGAUACAAAAACGAAGCUGUCCCAUGUGGACAGAGUAGUUCUUGAGAUACUGGAAACUGAGCAAGCCUACGUGAGGGACCUGAGGAGUAUUGUAGAGGAUUAUCUUGGCUGUAUUAUUGACUGUGGGCACCUUCCCUUGAAGCCAGAGCAAGUCAGCACUCUAUUCUGCAAUGUGGAGGAUAUCUAUGAGUUUAACAGUGAGCUUCUGGAAGACUUGGAAAGUUGUAACUCUGCCCAUGGAAUCGCUGAGUGCUUUGUCAUGAGGAGUGAAGAGUUUGAUAUCUAUACGGUGUACUGCAUGAACUAUCCCAGCUCGGUGUCUGUUCUGCGAGAAUGUAUGAAGUGUGAAGCCCUGGUGAAAUUCUUCAGAGAGCGUCAGACCACAUUAUGUCACUCUCUACCAUUGGAGACAUAUCUCCUAAAACCUGUGCAGAGGAUAAUGAAAUAUCAUCUUCUGCUGCAGGAGUUGGCAAAGCACUUUGAUAAGAAUGCCCCUGGCUAUGAGGUUGUAGAGGAAGCUAUCAUCACAAUGACAGCUGUGGCUUGGUACAUCAAUGACAUGAAAAGAAAGCAGGAACAUGCCGUCAGAUUGCAGGAAAUUCAAAGUCAGCUUGUGAACUGGAAGGGGCCUGAUCUGUGUGGUUUUGGUGAAUUGGUCCUAGAGGGGACAUUCCGCUUGCAGCGUGUAAAGAAAGAACGAGCAUUUUUCUUGUUUACAAAGAUGCUUCUAAUCGCCAAGAAAAGAGGAGACCUCUUCAUUUACAAGAUGCACAUUUUUUGCUGUAAUUUGGCUCUCACGGAACAUCUGAAGGACCCAUUGAGUUUCCGAGUGUCUGAUUUGACAAUCCCCAAACAGCAGCAAGUCAUCCAGGCCAGAAAUCAGGAUGAGAAAAGACACUGGAUCCAUUAUAUAAAGAGACUAAUUGUGGAAAACCAUCCAGCAUCAAUCCCUCAGAAGGCUAAGCAAGUUCUACUUGAAAACAGUUUUCAGUAUUCCCAGGACUUCCCUGUAAGUCCAGAGCCCCUGAAAUCUCCACGGAUGGAUGAUUCAUGGACGUUCCCCCGCAACCGUAGGCAGUCAGCUUUCCAUGUCUGCAUUCCAGAUCCACCUAAAUUCAUGUAUAGCCCUGAAAGAAGCAAGAAAUCAUUUACGCUUUUGGGCAUGGACAGCGGAUCCCAGCACCGCCGUGGUCGUAGGCUAUCUGAGCCUGCAAAAGAAAUUCAGGCAGCAUUUGACCAGAGUGGAUUGGCGCAUAUCAAGCAUGCAGGCAGUGAGGGAGAACUCUUCCCAAUCUCAAACUCCCUCAAGUCUUCAGAUAGUGUGUGCACUUUGGAAUCCAGUAUUCUAGAAGCCACUGAUGAAGAGUGUGAUGAAGGUCCCGAGGAAUCAUCAUUCUGUCUGCCUGAAGACGCACUGUCUGGCAGCUUGUCCAUCACUGAAGAAAUUCUGGAGUUGCUUAGUCAACGAGGUCUUAAUGCUGAGCCAAGGAAAGUGGAGGAAAACAAGGUACUUGGAGGAGAGACAGAGACAACACAGGGAACUGAAGAAGAGCAGAUAAACAAUAAUUUAAAGCAGGAUGCAUCUCAGGAUGAGGAGGAAAAAAAGCUUUCACAAAACCAAGACACAGAUAAGGAUAGUUGUCUUUAUAACUGCCCAGAUACAGAAGGGAAUACAACCCCAGGGUGUGUUUGUGUAGAACCUUCCACCAGUCCACCUUCUACCAACAGCAAAUCUUUACUGGAAGACGAGCAGAACCAAAACAACAGGAUAUCUCCUCUCCCUAAGUUGGAAGAACUAGGGCAGGAGGAGGAAAAAGAGGAGGAACCAGGGCUUGCAAACAGUAAUGAGAUUGCAUCUCCUGGUGAAUUACCAAACAUUGCAAUAAAAACGUCCCUUCAUGAGGAGAGUGAAGGGAUAACAGAAACAGUAAAAUCAGAUACAACAGUAGAGAAGAGCCCAAAAACUAAGAGAGACUCAACCUUGACACACAAUGACAGACUGCUUAUUGAGAAGAUCAGAAAUUACUAUGAAACCGCUGAGGCAGGAGGUUCAUACCUGAGCAAAGAGGAAAGCAUCUCCUACAUUCCAACUGGGGUUGUUAAGGACUCAAUCUUGAGGUUCAACUACAUUCUGCAACAAGAGGUCAAAAAGGAUAGAGAGAGAAUCUUGUUUGGGAGUAAUGGAAGUGCAACAGAGGGCUUGCGGGUUAAUUCUGCUAAAAAAAUGUGCCUAGAGAGGGAGCAAAAUCAGCCGGAAGAGUGUCAAAACAACAUGAGCUCCACAAAAACUUCAUUAGAACAAGAGUCAGAAUAUAAGUCCUCUGCUGAGAUCAGAAAGGCCUGGAAGGAAAAGGAGAAACCACACAUGCCAGAAAAUAAUGGAGCUCUAAGGAGAGGGCAGCUGUGGAGAAAAAGUAUGGAAGGUCAAGAAAAUAACUUAGUCAUUAUGGAGGAGUCUGAUGUAGAUGUUGUUAAUCAUAUGUCAAAAGAAAAUCCUGUUAAAGGGGAACCAAGAAAGGAGCAGAAAAAAUGCACCACUGAGGAAAGGGUAAACAAACAUGGCUGUCACCUCAGCAUGGAGGUCCGCAGCUUGGCUGGUGACAAUGCUGAGGGCAAAGUGGCCUUCUGUUCUUCUGGUCUGGAUCUGUAUGAAGCCGAGGAUAGCUGUUUGAUAGAGAACUCUGAAAAAAUCAUCAACAAGGUGCAGCUUCUAGCAAAAAUGUACAGUGAGAAGAUAGGCAGGAUGAAGACACAGAGAAAGAGUGGGGACACCAGGAGACCACCUCUUACAAAUAAAGCAUCAAUGAGGAACCUACCUCAGGUCAUUGAGGAGAAGCCAAGAGAUAGAAGUGUUACAGAACCGCAACUGUAUGGUCAUGUCUUGGUCCGUGAAACUCUUCUGCACAUUAACCGCAUUCAGGAAAACAGUUUUCUGCUCUCUGCAGCCCCUAACAACUCUACUGAUCUGCACAGAAAUGAAAAAGAAUCAGAAUCAGCCAUUCAACCCCUCACACAGAUACAAAUACUUCCGACUGAGCCACCAGGGGAUGAGCAUGAGCUUUUUAUGCCAAAGGAACCAUCUCUUGAUGAGUUAGUGAGAUUGUCUAGUUCUAAAGAUGAAAAAGAGGAUAUCUUUGUUCAGAAUACUACAGUACAAGAGUCACAAAAAUCCUCUGAGAAUUCUUGUUCUGAUCCUGGACAUUUGCUGACAUUGGUCAUUACUGAUAGUAUUCCACUAGAAAAUGCCACCAACCCAGAGUGUCCACCAGCAAUCACCAAUAUUAUAUGCAACGAUGAACUACUUAAACCUGCAAACUUUUUACCUAAAAAUGUUACAGACAUAGAUAGACUUCAUGAUUGUGCUGAACUUCCAACCAAUAAAGAUAAUUCACAAGAGGGAGAUAUAUGUAAUCUUAUUGUGGAUACCCAGGAUAUCAAACAAGAGACUAAUUUUGUCAAUGAAAUGGCUGAAUACUGCACAAAGAUCAAGAACCCAUGUUUAGAAAGUGUGAAUUCUGAAGAUUCUACAGAACAUAAAGCUGAUAAAAUGGUAUCCAGUGUGCAGCCCUUGAAUGAACUCAACCACGAAGAAUAUCCAAAUAAAACAAUCUUGAAUUCCAGUGGCCCCAUAUCAAGUCCAGUUAGUGAUUUAAAAAAGAUUUAUGGUGAAAACGAUGUUUCAAAUAUAGCACAAGAGAUCAGCAAAAUGUCGGUGGAAUCUAAAGACUCAUCUUUAAAAGAUAAGCUAAAUUCUAAUGAUGUUAUUCCAACAUACUCUUCAGGAUAUGAAACUUCCUCUGCAAAUUCCUCAUUGCUGGCAGAAAAGAAAAGCAUAGCUUCCACCUUAACUGCUGAAGUUACAGAGAACAGUCAAAAUGCACACUAUGAAGAACAGUGCAAGACUUUGUUUGAUGUCUCAUCAGAUAAUCACUCCAGAAGCAACCAUGUCUCAAGAACUAGAGGCAUCUCUCCAUCAGUGCUGGAUGUCAUGCAGCGACUUCAGCUAGAUUCUACAUUUACUAUACCUUCAAAUGGAAAUGUGGAUGGCGAAAAGAAACUGAGCUUGGCAACUCGCUCUUCCUCCUUCAAGAGCAAAACUGAAACAGCCAGAGAGUUCCAGGGUAUGCUCCGGCCAACACCACAACUUAAUAAACAGCAGAAAAUAGAGUCUACUACACCUCUAACCCUUCCAUCCCAUGUAACACUGCAGAGGAAAUUAUCAAGUGCAGCAGCACUUUCAAAAUAUCUGUCGGCAAACAAAGCAGUACAGAGGAGCACUCUAGCAAAGUCCAGGAGCUAUGAUGUAGACCCAAAAACUCAAACAAAACAAGAAAUAUUUAAGAAAACCACCUGUCCUGCACCUGUAUGUGUAAGGCCCAAAGUUGCUCCUUUACCUCAAAGCAAUGUAUCCUCCCCCACAGAGCCACUAAAUAGUCAAAAGCCUAUAAUUAUAAACAAUACACUAGCAAAGGAUGUGUGUAUGAAAAAUGAAUAUAAUAUAUUAGGCUCCAAGAUAACACCACCACAACCACUCAUUCAGAGAUCACAAAGCCCUGUUUGUCUUUCUUCAUCUAAUCAAGAAAUGUGCAUAGCAGAUAAGGAGACUAAACUUUUAGAUGAGCCUGUUUGUGUGUCCCCAGGCUCUGCUGUUGUCAUUGCAUUUCCAUGUCCUCCAUCUAUAAAAUCAGCCCCUAAGUAUACAGCAUCUGAACCAAACUCCAGGGUCCAAUCCCCUCUGCCUUUGCACACUCGGGUUUGCUCUCCUCCCCCAAGUCACAGUCCCAGAUCUCCAAGGAUUUCUUCUUUCACUGGCUCCAGAGCUUGUUCCUUUACACCCCUAUCCUUUAGCCAGCUUGAGAAGUCAUCUUCAUCAUCUUCAAAUUCCACACCAACCUGCACCAGUCCCCCGGCUCUGCCCUGUCCACUAAACCCUCAUCUUGGUCUGCAGGGUUUCUCACUCCACACCAAAAGGUCCACAAAAACUGGCUUUGCUAGUGGAGUAGAUAGAGCAAAUAGUCCUAGAAGUACACUGAGAUCUCCAUUAGGGUCCGGGGAUGAAGAGACUAGAUUUUGGUACGCAAAUGGACCCUCUCCUUGUCUGAGCCCUGAUGUUCAGUCUCCCACGGGAAGCCUUGGUUCACACGAGUUAACUAGCAUCCACUGGCCAGAUGUAAGUGAACUACGCUCAAAGUAUGGACCACUAAAGGCUCAUGAGACCACUAGUAAUCAGAAGAAAACUGAUCUGAGGUCUGCAACCUUGUUGAGAACAUCCAAGUCUAUGGAUGAACCACCAAGCAGAUAUAUAAAAAGGGCAGGUUCUCUGGAUACAGCUGCUUCACACCUGUUGGUAAUGGAACUACCUAAAACUACUCUACAAGGAGUCACUGCAGAAUUAUCUGAUGCAAGAGAUAAAGCCACCCACAAGACCAGUUAUUCCACCACUGUGAACAUACAAAUUGGGGGCAGUGGUAGAAUAUCCUCGUUUAGCAAUGCACAGGUUAGCCUCACACAUCCCUUACUCCAGGUUCCAGAAUCACAGACCAUAAGAAAAAUCAACAUUAAUGGUAACAUCUUAGACCCAUCUCCAAAAUCAUGAUGUCUUAAAUAACUAGAUUCAUGUUGUUAUACAUGUCAUGAACACACAGAAAGAUGCUUCCCAUGUUCUGUAAGGUCAGGAGACUUUGUUGAACAGAACUAAUUUUGAAAGCAUCUAAACUAUAGGAUGUGACAAAGGGAUCAAUCAAAUAAUUGAAAAAGAACAUUCUAACUAGAAAUAACAAUUUGCCAGUUUGCACUUUUCUUGUAUUCAUGAAGGACUGUUUUGAACUUUUUUUUAAAUAUAUAUUAAGAUGGAACCACCACCGUUAAUGUCCCAGACAGGACUUCUUAAUCUGGUGGUGCUUUAAAGUUGCACUUAUAUUUUAUAAUAAAUCUCUUCACCAAUGGCAUUCCACUAAUGAGAAAUGGCAUCAGUGCCCUAAAUAUUAACACCAUCAUUAAGAACCAAUUUCUUGCUUCUCAGGUACAGAAGUUUCAUCCGUUUUCCUCCUGAUUCAGCCAGAAGAACAUUGUUUACUAUUUGGCCAAAAUUUCUCAUUGCUAUAACCUACUAGAGGAGCUAUUCUUUAUCUCAAUAGAACUGAAUUGUAGAUUGAUGGUGAGGAGUGGAGCUAACAUAUUCCUUAAAUUAGAAGCUGUGAUUCAGUUACCGACCAAUUACAACUAGGCAAAACCUCUGCUAAUACUCAAUAAGAACUCAUUGUUCUAAAUUAGAAGUUAUGACAAGUCUUUGUUAAGAAAAUGUAAACAGAUUAUCUUACACUUGAUACCAAAGGUUGUUUUUUUUUUACAUUAGGUAGUCGCUUUGGGUAGCUCACUCACAGUAGUGCCCAGCAAGUUACUUGAUUCAUUUUGUAUACAAUAACCAUGGCUGUAGGUAAUGAGCAUGGACAUAGGUUAUAAAAAAUUUUCUGAAUCUAGUCUACAUCCAAAAGAACAAUUUUCAAAUAUCUAAACCACAUAACACAAGUCUGAAUUCUAGAAUAAUGGCCCAGAAAAUAUCUCAAACAAGUCUUAAUUCUGGUAAAGAGAACACAGAGUAAAACUUCACGAAUAGCUGGGAAAUCAUAAGCUGCAUUUAGUAGGGAUAUUCUAAUAAAAAGCUUACACCUGAAGGUCAUUUCCAGGUAUGGAUACAAUUGGGGAUUGAAAGCUUGAAUGCAGUUUGUGAGGGUGAUUUAGGAGUAUAUGUUUGUUUUUUGUAUGUGUGUUUACAUGAAAAAUUGAAUGAUAGUGAGGAGCUUUGCAUUGCUUGAUGAGAUGUGUGAAGUGGGAACAAUAUAUGUGGUAGGUUUGUAAAAGGAGCUUUGCUUAAUAUGCUAAAAUGGGUGUACAUUUUGUUUGGCACGUUGAGCUUUUAAGUUAUGUCUUGGGGUAUAUGGGGGUUCUCAUUAAGCUUUGCUUGGCACGCUGGAUAUGAGGUUUGUAAGUCAUGUCUAGGGGCAUUUGGAAGGUCAGAUUAAGCUUUGCAUGGCACACUGGGAUAUGGGGCUUGUAAGUUAUGUCUAGGGGGAGGAUUAAGAUGUCACGUGGCAUACUGAGAUGUGAGGCUUGUAAGUUAUGUCUGUAAAUGCUGUUUUGGGCAGAUCACUGUGCUUGGGAUGUUAGGGUUUGGGGCUUAAACGUUAUGUCUGGGGGUGUUUAGGUGAUAUCAGAGUAAACUUUGCUUUACAUGCUAGGCUGUUAAGAUAUGUUUGUGAAGGAUAUUUGGCGGUAGCUCAAGGGGCAUGUAAGUUAUAUCUGGGGAGGGGGUGAGUUUAGGGCAGUUCAGUGCAAACUUUGCUGUGCACACAGUGAUGAUGAAUUUGAGACUUAUGUUUGCAGAGGAAUAAAUGUUUCAAAAGCAUAAAGAAUUACUAUAUUGUUUUAUGGGGAAAGCAUUUAUUGAAAAGGAAAUGUGUCACAAUGACAUUUGGCUUGGUGUAGCCUUUCUGCUCAGCUAAAUCCAAAGCCGGAAAUGGAAAUACUGUAAACUGCUGGCAGGAGAACAUGGCAAUCUAAUGAGAGCUUACUUGUAACUUCCACUAUCAGAAGCCCACAUUGUUUCUCACUAACUGAAUCAGUGAAGUAGCUUGUUGUUGAAAUCCACAAACCUGCUUAUGAAGUUAGUAGACUUGAGGUAUUCAGUUUGAUAAGAAUGUUUUGUUAAAUUAAAUAAAUAAAUAAAUAAAUACAGAAAACCUUAGUAAAUUAGAAGAUGAGAUUUGCAGUUCAAAGACGAGAGUGAAUGUCCCUGUAGCAUUUAUCUAGAUAUCUACCAAGAUUUCCAAACCUCCCAAACCUAUAAAUCAUCUGCUGUGGGAUCCCUGCAAGGAUCUAGCUCUCUUCUUAUCCAUACACCUAUUUAAACCCUGCUAGUUUAGUGAUAUAAAGUAUGGUACAUAAAAAUGUGAGGAGCUUACACCAACCCCUGUGGACCUGUCAAGGGACAGACAAUGGGAAGCUCUUUCUGGAGAAGGAAGGUCAUGGAUGUGUUCAUUGGCCAAUCUUUAGUGGGAUAGAUACUAUUUUUAAUGAAGUGAAAGAGUUAUGUAGUCAUUAUUUCUAUACACCAAAUAAUACUAUCAUGGACAUUUUAUAUUCCCAUCAGGAUAUCCAGUAUUAAGAAUUUAAUUUCCUUGGGAUCAACAAAACAAAGCAUUGAUCAGAGGAGACCUGCAAUGGGUUGGAAUAAAAAGACAUUUAUUUUUUUUAGCUGCAACUACUGUAUAUUAUUAAUGUAUUUGUGCUCACAGUACCAUAUAUAUGUGUGUAUUUUAUUGGCCAAGCCAGGAGUCUAGUGCCUUACAUGAAACGGCAUUUGGACACAUAAUGUUCCAACUUGUCUCGAUACACGGAGGACACUCAUUUUCAUAUAUUGUCCUACCACUUACCUGCCUGAGAUGUCUAUGACCCAUCCUAAUGGGAUGGAUAUCCCUAUGAAGAUAUGUGGUCGGAAAUUAAAAAAUGUCUUUCAUAUUUAACCUGUAAUUUGUAAGAUAAAAGAGACACCACUGUACGUACAAUUUAUAUUGAAAGAAAUUACUCCUGAUAAACUAUGGCUCUUUUUUAUAUAUGUACAUGCUAUGUUUUUUUAUUUGUUUGUAUUUUGUGACUAUUUUACAACCAGUAAAGACUUUUCUGACA